AGUUAUUGAGCUUUCAUGAGUACAUGUAGUUUUUGUGUUGUGAACUUUGUGGACUUGUAGUGAGCAGAAAUGUGAGUGUGCGUACAAGCGGCUAGUGUGCUGUAGCAGGUUAUAAUUUUCAAAUUUGACAAUGUCUCACCUUGAAAUUGUAGUUAUUUCUAAAACAUCACUUUCUUGCUAUUCUUUUUUCUUUGCUUCCAUUCAAGUUCUUUCUCUCUUCCAAUCCUUUUCUUUUUGUUCCUUCUUUCUUUCCUUCCUUUCUACAUUUGUUCUUGCCUCCAUUCUUUCCUUCCUUUCUACAUUUGUUCUUGCCUCCAUUCUUUCCUUCCUUUCUUUCACCAUUUCUUUCAUCCUGCCUUUCUUUUUUUUAUUCCUUUUUUUUCCAUUUGUUUUCAUUGCAUUCCUUCCCCUUUUCUUUUUGCUUUCCUUCCAUCUUUCCUUUUCAUUACUUUCAUCCUUUCCUUCCAUCCUUUUCUCCAAUUAUUUGAGUUAAGUUGAUAAGUCAUAAUGUUAUUUCAUUUUAUUUCAUUUCAGACUAGUCAUUAGUGAUGGAAGCAGAAGCUCAAGUGGUUGACCCUCCUUUUCAUCAGGGCGGUCUUUCAGAGGCAUCUUCUGAGAUCCAAACUGUACCCAGAACUGCAGCCGUAGUCAUCAAAGAAAAUGAGAGUCCAGUAAACGAUGCCAGUCAAAAGGUUGUAGGAGAAAUGGAGGGGAAACAUAAUUUGGUAAUUGCUCAAAGUUGUGAUGCAGAAUUUCCGCAAGCCUCAAAAGAUCAAGUUGAGUCAAGGAAUGAUAAACAAAAUGAAGGAACUGCUUCCGUGGAACAGAGUGGCAGUGAAAUGACUGAUGGAACUGGUGUUAUUGGUCAAAACUCUUCGGUCAUAUCAGAGACAUUAAUUGAUGCAGCGUUAACAUCAGAGCGAUUACCCAGCCAACCAGAGCAAGAUAUACAAAAAGAUACAAACAGUACUGUGAAAUGUGCAGGGUGUGGAAAGGUCUUUGGUCAACCUUGUGCACUUCCAAUGAGAGCUAACAGAGUGAUGCUCUCUCUGUGUGAUGACUGUGAGAACAUAACUUCUGCUAUGUUCAUUUGCAUCAGCUGUGGGCAAGAAUGUAGCAGUCUUGCUGCCCUUCGAGCACACAAACAAACACAUGUAGUUCCUGAGCAGCGCAUCUUUGUUUGUGAAAUGUGUGGUGUGGGUUUCCAGAGGCAGAAUACUCUAGAGGAACACAAAUGUGCAGUUCUUGCAAGCCAGCCAGAUAACAAGUCUGAUGAAAAAGCUACCAGUUUGCAGGAGCUUCAGGUACCCCUAAGCAAAGGUCGAUCAAGAAAACCCAGGGUAACAAAGAAAGUAAGGGUGGAAGCCAUUGUUAAAACAUUGUCCAAAAUGAGUCAGCAGACUGAAAAGAAAGUCCCUGUAGUAUCACAUGACAUAUCUCAGAAAAAAACACAACCUGUAAAGCAAGUUCAAUCGAAAAGGAAACAACAGGCCAGGGGUAGGAAGAAAACGAUAAGAAAGACUCCUUUGCCAGUACCUCCAACUAAAGCAACAUCAACUCUAAAGAAAAAAUUAUUAGUUGAUUUUCAACCUCCCUCAACAAGGAGGCCGAGAACUGUAAGGAAAGUCUUAACGGUACCAAAAGUGUUUGAAUGUGAGCAAUGCUCCGAAUUUUUCACAGAAAGGAAAGAGCUAAAAAAACAUAAGGCCAUGCAUAAAAAAGAAAUAUUUCAAUGUGAGACAUGCAAAAAAGAAUUUAAAUCAAAGCCUAGUCUUAAACGUCAUGAGCUUACACAUUCUGUAAGACCUACAACUGUUUGUGAUAUUUGUGAUAAGACAUUUCAGUCAAUUCAUACUUUGUUAACUCACAAAAAAACAGUUCAUGUUGAUGAGAAGCCUUAUGUGUGUGACAUCUGCCAUAAAGAUUUUAAGCAGUUGGGUAACAUGAAGACGCAUCGACGCACACAUACUGGGGAAAAGCCAUUUGUGUGUACUGAAUGUGGCCGGGCCUUCGCACAGAUGGGUAAUCUCCAGGCUCAUAUGGUCAUCCAUGCUGCGUCUAAACCCCAUGUUUGUGAGAUAUGUGGCAAGUCUUUUUCAUAUCUCCGCAGUCUACAGAACCAUAUGCGAGGCACUCACACAGGGGAGCGUCCCUUUGCAUGUGAAAUUUGUGAAAAAACUUUCUCCAACCAAAGCGUGCUUCGGGAUCACAGACGAACUCAUUCAGACAAAAGGGGCUACCUGUGUGACAAGUGUGGGAAAGGUUUCAAGAGUUAUAAGAAUCUGAAGCAGCAUGAGAAAUUCCACUUGGAUGUGCGUCCCUACAGCUGCCAGGUGUGUGGGAAGGGGUUUGUUUGGUUCAAAAGCUUUCAGCUCCACAAAAGAACACACACAGGUGAAAAGCCAUAUUCCUGUGAUCAAUGUGAUAAGGUUUUCUCCAACAUUGGAUCUCUUAAGUGCCAUAAACGGAAGCAUAUAUAUGAUGGUUCAGCUCCACCUCGUAAGGGUCGCCCCACUUCUAAAACCCAUCCUUCUAAUAUCAAAGGAUCCCCUCCUCCAUCUCCCCCUUCUGCCCCAAGCCAAAUGAUGGUCAUCCCACACCCUAGUCUUCACCCAAUUCCUACUAAUACUAGAGACCAUAUGAUUAACUCUAUCCAUCAUCAUGGAGAUGGAUCCUCUACUCCUACUACUACUACAAUUCAUCAUGCCAUCCCAACUCAUUCUCAAGCAUACAAUCAUGCUGUCUAUCCUCAAGCUCUUUGCUCUUUUGUCACAAAUUCUACUGGAGAUUUUACCAUUCUUUGAUAUUUCACUCAAUUCAUAUAACUAUACAUAUCACAAACAUUGUGCAUUGUAAUGCUAUACGGCGGGGUAUGUUGACUUUGGUCAUGAAGUGAAUUAAAGAUUCUUUCAGCAACUUCUUCAGAUUUCUAGAAUUUUGCUCAGUCUCUCUAAACUUGCCAUUUCAGUUCAAACAUCUUCAUGGUAUGAAUGUGUAUGACAAGAAUGAUGUGAAACAUGUAUUACUCAGUUUCCUUUUAACAUUUAUUUUUACACAAUUUCAACUCAAAUGAGGUUACUGCACACCUUUUCUACUUUGUAUAAAGCCAUUUUCAAGCGAUAAUUCACAGGCUAUUUGAUCUCAGUAGUUGUCUGCAAUCGCUAGAUUUACAAAGUAUAAGGAUUGAAAGUAAAUGCUAAGAGUGCCUUUGUUAAAGAAAAUGUGAAAAUGAACAAGAAAGAGGGGCUGAAUAUUCUCAAAGAUUAUAAAAACAAAAUAAAGAUUUCAUGACAUGUGCAUGUAUCACUACACUUUUGUUAGAAUGGACUGUUAGGUGAUACUGAUACUCCAAUAUAGUUGAAGUAAUUUACCUUUAUCAAAGCUUUAGACUGGCUUUAAUUGAACCAUAUGGGAUUUUGUUUUUAUGCCAUUAAUUAAAAAACGGUAGAUGCAUGUAAUUGAUUGACCUUUAAAGGGCAUAUCAGGUGUGAGUAAAUGAAUUUAUAUUUCUACAUACAAAGUACUACAGGAUGAGACUUGUGAACUCUGUACAUACGGUAGAAUAGGCAAAGUGUACAUAGAACACCUACAUGUAUUCCUUUUUAGGUACAUUUUAAUUACAGUCAAAUUGUUUGGGAUCACAGAAAUCUGAUAAACUUUUGGAGGAAAUGGCUUUGAAGAGAUGUAUAUGGAAGAAUAUUUGACACUUAAAUGCAAUUAUCUUGAAGGUCAAGUCCACCAUAGAUAAAAACAAAAAAGGAAGAUUUUAUUCAAUAAAGAAAAAUCAAAGAAUCACGCUGAAAAUUUCAUCAAAAUUGGAUGGAAAGUGAGAAAGUUAUGACAUUUUAAAGUUUCGCUUAUUUGUCACAAACAGUUAUAUGCACUUAGAGAGUCGAUGAUGUCCCUCAUUAUUUCUUUUGUUUUUCAUUGUUUGACUUAUACAAUAUUUCAAUUUUGAUAGAUUUAGCAAUAAAGACCAUCUUGUUUGAACCAUAGAAUUUUGAUAGAAUUGUAAUUUCACUUGCUCAGGGAGUGAAACUCAUACAAAUUUAUUUCACAUGUCAAUGAUGAGUAAAUUAGAAUAUUUCAUUUUACAUGUAAUGAAAUGCAAGAGAGAAUUGUGAUUGGAUUAUGUCAUUGGUCUCCUCAUUUGCAUACGGACAAGGAUGUGAAUAUAAUUGUUCUGUGAUAUUCUGUGAAAAUUAGAAAUGUCAUGACUUUCUUAUUUUACAUUCGACUUUUAUGAAACUUUCAGUGUUAUGCUUGUUUAAUUUUUCUCUUUUCUUCGAAACCAACUUUUUUAUAUGCCGUCUCAACGGGACGUAUUAUGGUAUCACGCUCGGUGUCCGACCAUCCGUUAACUUUUCCUUGUAAACGCGAUAACUUCAGUUUAACUUAACCUAGGGUCAUAUAAUUUGGUGUGUAUGAUACUAGCAUGGAUUCCAUGAAGCCUCAUGAUUUUGAGGUCAGAGGUCAAGGUCACUGACAUUUUCACCUUGCCCUUCUGCAGUCCUUGUAAAUGCGAUAACUGCAGUUUAACUUAACCUAGGCUCAUAUAAUUUGGUGUGUAUGAUACUAGCAUGAAUCCCAGGAAGCCUAUUGAUUUUGAGGUCAAAAGGUCAAGGUCACAGAGACAUAUUUCCAUCUUACCCUUCUGCAGUCCUUGUAAACAUGAUAAAUUCAGUUUAACUUAACCUAGGCUCAUAUAAUUUGGUGUGUAUGAUACUAGCAUGGAUCCCAGGAAUCCUCUUGAUUUUGAAGUCAAAAGGUCAAACUUCAAGGUCACACUGACAUGUUUUCAUCUUGCCCUUCUAAAGUCCUUGUAAACGCGAUAACUUUAGUUGAAAGCUUUAGUUUAAUGUAACCUAGGCUCAUAUAAUUUGGUGUGUAUGAUACUAGCAUAGAUCCUAGCAAUUCUAUUGAUUUGGAGGUCAGAAGGUCAAAGGUGAAGUCGCCAUCUUCCACUAUUCUUGCUUGACCAAUAGCUCCAUUUUCCGCGUUACAGACGGGCAUAUUAUGUGCUCGCCUUAGCGACACUCUUGUUAUUGGGGUGGACUUGCCCUUUAAGGAUACAGUGGUCACAUUUUGAGAGAAAGUUAGUCUCGCAAGUAACAAGAUUUUAUAGGAAGGAAGAUUUUAACAGAUCCUUCCCAUUCGCUCAUUAUUUAUUUGUUAUUGGUAUUUGGUAUGCAUAUUAUACAGUUGAGGCCAGAAGUUUACAUACACCCAGGAAAUUCAGAGAAAAGUUGACACUUGCCAAACAUCAAAAAAUUUACUGGAUCUUAAAAAAAAAUCUGUGCUAUCAUGACAAAUUUGAUAUCAAACAAAUGAAUAUGUCAUGCCCCUUCAUCACAUUGCUUUGUCAUCAGGAGCUAAAAAAUAUUUAGGUGUCAUUUUUCCCCAAAAAAUCUUCAUAUUUUAGACAAACUAAAAAUACAAACUUGACAAAAACAUUUCAUAUUUGUGCUGGUUACUUCUCAACACAAACAUUUCAGAUAACACUUUUUUGUUAAGUGGUGACAUAUCAUGAUAGAAAAUGUAAUAUAAAUGAUAGAGUUGACAUUUAUUUAUUUUUAUGAAACAAUGUUUGAAAAUAUAACAAACAAUAGAAUACAUUUGGCACAAAUAUUACUUUUUUUUCUUCAAAGAAAAUUCCACCUGAAAUAUACUAUAACCCCAACGGCAUCCCAAUCAUGUGAAAGCGUUCUUCCAUUUGAUACCAAACUCGUCAUGGUAGUAUUUUAUUUCUGGAUAUAUUGUAAAUUUUACGAUGUUUGGCAAGCGAACGAAUUUCACUAAAUUCCAUGUAAUGGGUGUAUGUAAAGAUUUGUCCUCAUCUGUACAUAUAUUGACCUGCCACACAGUCUGAAUGGGUCAAUUUACAAAUUUGAUAUUUGAUUUGCAAUAUCAUUUCAAAGCAAAUGAUCAAAGACGUAAUUACAGUAUGCAGAAGCUGUUUAAAUUGUAUCAAAACAUAAAUAUCUUGCAAGGUAAUAUUUUAUGAAAAGACGGAAGGUAAUUAUAGACAGAGAGAGGAUGAUGGAAUAUGGAAUAAGUAAAUUAAAGAUUAAAAAGUAAUAAAAAGAAGGAGAUGUGCUGCAAAACAUGUCGAAGUUGGUAUUGGGUUUAAAAUGCUUGAAAGUACUGAUUAUGUCAAAGUGAUGUUUUAUUUUUUUUCAAUGCAUAUCUGUUUGUUUAUUUUCUGUUCUAAAUAUAAAAUACAUGUACAGUAUAAGAGUUUUUUUUUUUGGUCAGAUUCGCUGUUCUACCUAUUGUGUUUAUGAUCAUGACUGAUAGUAUACAUGUGAAAUAAUAUUCCCAUGUUUCUUUGUACAAAACUUAGUGAGGCAAAGGUGUGCAACAAGUCAAAGGGCAAUUCAGCCUUAGUAAUAAUAUGAAUUUGAUUUUUAAAAAGCAAAAUUAUGCAAAAAAGUAAAUGUUGCAAGUUUAAUCUAAGAUAUCAGAAAUGAAACCUUAAAGUGUUGGUUAUUUAACAAAGAAAAGAUACAAGAUUGGGAUUAUGUAAUAUGAAAUUAUUAUUUCAUUUUUCUUAUAGUAUAUUGUGUUAAGUGGUCAUGGAACACUAUUUUUUGUGAGUAUUUGAACUGUACUUGUAAAUUACCUUUUGGGCCUACACUUCUGUAUUAUGUCUGAUAUUGUUGAAUGGCAUUUCAGGAGGCUAAUAUUGAAGUGAUUAGUACUAGUAUUAGUAUUAGUAAUGUGUUUAAUUAUAUUAACACUAUUCUUAAAAUAUUUUGGAUACAUUUUAUUCUGCUUGAAUACACACAAUAUAAAUAACUCAAUGUCCAACAAUUAUUGUAAUGUUUCCUUUACAGUGAUUUCACAUAAUGUUAAUAUAUAUUUGUGUAUAUUUGUACUUUCUUAUGUAUAUUAGAGCUUGUAUAUUUUUCAUUUCAGCAUUUUAGUUUGUAUGAUCUUGCCAUGUUGCAUUGGCUGUUCACCUGAAAUCAUGAGAUUUUUUUUUAGAAUCAUUGAUGAACUGUCUCGUUUCAAAAGGAAAAAAGAAAGAAAAUGAAAUAAAGCAAGUGAUUAGCAACUCAA